AUAAUGUUUCUUGUCCUAAACAAAAUAUGAAUCUUGAAAAGCUCAAAAUUAUAUUGAAGUCACAUUACAUUGCUGCUUUCUUCCUCAUAGCUUUGGCCAGCGCUCUUCUCUAUCUCACCGUCGACAACAAUGGGGUCAUAGUGAGGGAGGAAGAAUCUCAGCAAGAGAAUCUCGCCGCACUUCUCAAAGAUCGAGAAACGACCAAGAAUCGCGACGACGACGUCGUUGCAGCCGCCAACGGGACGAGGUGCAACUUGUUUUCAGGCAAAUGGAUUUACGACGACGUUUCACGACCGUUGUACGAUGAGGAGAGGUGUAGUUUCAUGCUAGGUGACUAUGCUUGCAAGAAAUAUGGGAGAAAAGAUUCUGAAUAUCAGAAGUGGAGAUGGCAACCUCAUCAGUGUGAUCUUCCCAGGUUUAAUGGCACAGCUCUAUUAGAGAAGAUACGAGGGAAAAGGGUCGUGUUCGUGGGAGAUUCCUUGAACAAGAAUCAAUGGACGUCAAUGCUUUGUCUCAUCGAGUAUUCUCUCAACCAAUCGACGAACAAAUCUGUGAUUAGAUAUGAUAAUUUGUUCGUGCUCGAGGCGACCGAAUACAAUGCAACGGUAGAGUUUUAUUGGUCUCCAUUAUUAGUGGAGUCAAACUGCGAUGAUCCAGACAAUCACUACUCUAUAAGAGAUCGUAUCAUUAAAAUCACAUCUAUUGAGAAGCAUGCUAGGCAUUGGACAAAUGCAGAUAUACUCAUCUUUGAUGCAUUUAUGUGGUGGCUUGAGCCAACCAUGACCCUCUUAUGGGGUUCAUUUGGGAGCUCUGAUGCAAUCUACAAAAGAGUCAAAAUGAAGCUUCGUCGCUAUGAAAUGGCUCUAACCACGUGGUCGGAUUGGUUGGAAGUCAACAUUGAUCGAAUCAAAACUAAGUUGUUCUUCAUGAGCCUCUCACCUUAUCACUUCUACGGCGAAACAUGGGAAGAGGGAUACAACUGCUACAACGAAACACAACCAAUUUUGAAGAAGGAUUAUUGGGGAAUCUCAACAGAUCGAGAAAUGAUGCACGUGGUAGAAUCAAUCCUAGAAAAAAUGGAGAUGAGAGGCUUAAAUAUCACGUAUUUGAAUAUAACGAAAUUAUCUGAUUAUAGAAAAGAUUCUCAUCCAUCGAUUUAUAGAAAAUUUCAACAUCCUAGAAGCGAAGAGCAGCUUGCGAAUCCGACGAGCUAUUCGGAUUGUGUUCAUUGGUGUUUGCCGGGAGUGCCUGAUGUUUGGAAUGAGAUUCUUUAUUCUUAUAUUAUGAAUUCUUGAAAAAUGUCUAUCACAUAGCAAUAUUUUGUUUUGUGCAUUGUUCCAUAAAUUUGUGUGCA